CUGAAGCAGUGGCGCGGGGCUGGUCGUCGUCACUUUACGUCGUGCACGUGGUCGCGACGGGUCCCGGGUGAUCCUGGCCCCGCCCCUGGCCGUCUGCAGCUCAGUCCGCUCGCCGCCGCCGGCACCGACCAGGGCCGCGUCGAGGGCACGACGAAGCCUUCCCCCGCCGCCGACGCGCACACUCCUGCAGCUCCGCCCGAGACUUGAAAUAGUUUGACGGUUUCGGAAGUGGCGUUCCGCUGUCCAUCGACUCUCCUCGAAUGAUCGGGCCGCGGACAGCUUCGGUCCUCGAAGGUGCGACGGAUCCGCCGGUGGCGAUUCGGACUGACGCGGGACGGGGGACGUUGACGGGGACGGUGUCGGGACCGUCGGUGCCGGGUGACCGUUCGGCCGCGCGUCCGGUCCGGACCAGGGGCCCCAAGUGGUGGGACCCGGAAGUGGUCGCCCCUCUCCUGCAAUGGGUGAGCCCCCCGGCCCGUCUGCAGAUAUGGGUCGGAAAGUGGUGCCGGUGGUGAAGCAGGCGCAGAGGAUGGUGCACGACGGUCUCGUCCCGGCGGCCGAGGGCCAGACCGAGCCGGACGCCAGCUCGCAGGGCAGCGGCAUCAAGCUGCGCAAGGAGCUGGGCCUGCUCGAUGGCGUGGCCAUCAUCGUGGGCGUCAUCAUCGGCGCCGGCAUCUUCGUGUCGCCCAAGGGCGUCCUGCAGAACACGGGCUCCAUCGGGGUGGCGCUCAUCGUGUGGGUGCUGUGCGGCGGCCUCAGCCUCAUCGGCGCGCUAUGCUACGCCGAGCUGGGUGAGUGGGACCUCCGGGUUCGUCUGGCAAGUGGCCACGACGACUGCUGCAGCGUGUUUGGGCGUUACGUGUUAAAAAGUCGGACUUCCAUCCCUUCACCCCCUCAAGUGGCAAGGGCGACGAACGCCCCGCCCCGCCCCGCCCGCCGUUUGGCGGAGCGCCGGCGGUAGUGACAUUGUUUACGAAUAUCAUAAGUUCGCGAGUCGC